UUUUUUUUUUUUUCGGUCCCCUUCUACUUUCCCCCCCUUCAGCAGUGUGUGCUACCCCUCUCUCUCUCUCUGCAUUCAAGGCAUGCGGCCACUGUUCCACUCCUCCGUCGCUUGCUAACUAACAUGUGGCAUCCGCUUUCCUCCAGACCAUGGGCCCUGGCCCUCGGCACGCCCGUUCUCGUAGUAGCAGGCAUCGGCCACGCCGUCCAUGGCGCCGUGCACAAGCGCGUCAAGCGCGUUCGGUCGAUGAGCCGAGGCAGGAGGCGGGCCAUGUCUGCGUCGGCCAGCAGCUCCGUCGCCCGGCUGGAGUUGGCUGGUGUGUGUGGUGAUAAUAGUGGCAGCGGGGGUCUACCCAUGAGCAGAGAGCUGACCCUCCGUGCCGACGAUAACGAUGAGAGGAAAGAGGUCGCCACCCCCGCUACCACGGGGAUCCCGGCCCAUUUUGUCGGCUUCACCGCGAGCGGCGCGCCCAUCUUGAGGUUCGCCGAAGACCCGGGCCGGCUGGAGCCCGAGCGCGCGGUCGUCGUCGGCCAGGGCGACGACGGCCACGUCAUGAUCGCUUUCAAGAAAGCCAUGGCCCUCGCCGGGGACACCGACAUGGACGGCGGCAAAGACAACGGCAAGGGAAACGGAAACGGAAACGGAAACGGAAACGGAAAUGGCAACUACACCAGCUGGGCGCGCGGCGGUGGUGGCGGAUGUGGGUGUUACAGCAACCCCGGCCUGGGCGCCUCGGCGGUGGGCGGGCUGGCUGAUUCUGCUCCAACCUCGAGGAGCGGGACCCCCGGGCCGAGGUCCCCUGUUGUCAGGAUCGCUCCUCCGCCACCCGGGAAGGGCCCGGGGCACGGGGAUUCUCCGGUAUGAUGGAGGCUUUUCCUUAACUUUUAACACUUGUGGCAUCUUUGGUUCUCGUCUCUUGGGUGUUUGGGACAUGGACAUGCACUAGGAUUCCCAGGGCUGGAUCUGUUUACUCAUGCCAUUUUCAUUUACUGGUUGGGACGAUACGAUACGAUACUUCUGGCAUAGACGGAUGGUAUGGUACGGUAAGGGUUGAGCGGAACCGGGAGAGGGGGGGGACGG